CACACACAUACACACACACAUACAAUACUCUGGAUCUGCUUAAAACCAAGAUUUGCACAGUGAAAUAAUUUCACCAAGAAAAACCCAAUGAAGGAAAAUAUCUCCUAUUGCUGUGUAAUGGAAGAGGCUGAUCCGGCCAACGUGGCAAACGCCAACGUCUUUGAAUGGGUCGUUCAAGGUGAUGUUUCAGCUCUGGAUUACCUGAGCAAGAAGAGUCAGACUCAGCUGCGCACUAGGGAUGAAAAUGGAGCCGGACUGAUCCACUAUGCUGCCGCUAGUGGGCAUUUGGACAUUAUUCGCCUGCUUGUGUCUAUGACAGGACCAGAGGAGCUGGAUGUUCAGGAUGCAGAAGGCCAAACUCCUCUACAUUUCGCUGUAGAGAAAAACCAGGAGUCAAGCUGCUCACUGUUGCUGGAGUUGGGUGCCAAUCCAAACAUUGUAAACGCAGCCAUGAUGGCACCGAUUCACCUGGCUGUCAGCAGAGACCACAAUCACCUGGUGCAGGUUCUUCUAUCCUGCAGUCAGACAGAUGUGAAUCUGGAGGGAGAUUUGGGAAACACACCUGUAAUGUUUGCAUGCUGCCACAAUAACUGUGAAGCUCUCGACUUACUUUUAAAACAUGGAGCAAAGCUGUGUCAUCAGAACAAGCUGGGGCAUUAUGCGAUACACACCGUGGCUUUUUCUGGAGCCAAGGACGCAAUGGAGGUGUUACUGCGAAAAGGAGAAGAGUUGAGUGUUCCUACCCUCAGGCACAUUAAUUAUUUGGACAAAUCCAAGAGCAGCCCACUUCAUUUAGCUGUACGAGGCGGAAAUACGGAAGUGAUCAAACUUUGUAUCGCUAAAGGCGCGAAAGUGGACCAGCAACAGUGUGACAAAUCCACAGCACUGCAUUUCGCAUGCACACAGGGAGCGAUGGAGGCCGUAAAAGCAAUGCUGCUUCCUUAUAAGAGAAGGAUCGAUGACAUCAUCAACAUCAGAGAUGCAGCGAAUCAGACGCCGUUACACAGAGCCACACUGUUUGAUCAUGUGGAACUGGCUGAAUAUCUCGUCUCAAAGGGAGCGGACAUCGAUUGCGUUGACUGCAAAGGUUUUACCCCAUUACUCCUGGCUACAACAAGCAGUGCAUGGAAAACGGUUUCCUUCUUGCUGUCUAUAGGUUCAGAUUUUAGGAUUAAAGACAGAACUGGACGUAACUUCCUGCAUCUCGUCAUCUUCCAACCGAAAGGACUGAAAAAUCUACCUGAACACAUCUUACAGAAUAAAGACAUGUGGGAGCUGAUGAGCGAUGAGGACUUUGAAGGCUGCACUCCUCUACACUACGCCUGCAAACUCGGCAUCCACGACUCUGUUAAAAACAUGCUGGGGUGUGAAAUCUCCCUGGGCCUCAAGUCAAAGGAGAAAAAAUCAGCUCUUCAUUUUGCUGCAGAAUACGGACGAAUAAACACGUGUCUCAGGAUUUUGGAGACGAUAAGAGACUCACGUUUGCUAAAUGAAGGUGAUGAGAACGGCCAGACGCCGCUCCACUUGGCCUCUAGGGGGGGCCACAUUAAGGUGGUGGAUCUGCUGCUCAGGAGAGGAGCGCUGUUCCAGAGUGACUAUAAAGGCUGGUCGUGUUUACAUCAUGCUGCAGUGGAAGGAUACACACAAACAAUGGCUAUCCUGCUGGCAGCAAAAAUCACCCUGCUGGAUAACACAGAUGAAGAUGGGAACACCGCUCUGCACCUGGCCGCACGUGAAGGUCACGUCGCAGCUGUGAAGCUCUUACUGAACCAAGGAGCUGAGAUCCUGCUCAAUAAUAAUCACGCCUCGUUCUUCCAUGAAGCUGUGCGCAACGGGAAAAAAGAUGUAGCUAACGCCGCUAUUGAGAAUAAGAGGUCAGCUGAGAUUUUACAGCAGUUUAGAAUGGGCUACACUCGCUGCGCUGUGCUGGAUUUAAUCGAGUUUCUACCUGGAUCGACAAAGCAUCUUCUGGAUCACUGCAUGACUGAAUCAGAGCAUGACCCAAACAGCACUGAUUACCAUAUCACAUACAAUUUCCAGUGGCUUCAGGAUCCAUUAAAUGUGCGGAAAUCCCUACAAACAGACAAAACUAUGCAUAUCCAGCCUCUGUCAGCCUUAAAUGCAAUGGUUCAGUACAACCGGCUUGAGCUGCUCACACACCCAGUUUGUCAGAAAUACUUAGAGAUGAAAUGGAAAGCAUAUGGAAGUAAAGCACAUUUACUCAACCUGGCUGUGUAUCUGUUGGGCCUUUUGCCCCUCACCUAUCUUGUCAUCAAGUUGAAAUCUACACAGUUCAGAACAGCGAAUGGCACGGCCUUCACCAUGGAGCCGGUAUCCUUCCAAAAACAAAGCUUUUUUAUUUCAAUGUCAAUGCUGAUGGUCCUCAUCAUGAACAUUUAUGGCAUUUGCAAAGAAGUGAUACAAUUAGCUCAACAGCGAAGGACUUACUUUUUGGACUCCUCAAACCUAUUGGAUUGGGUGACAGCUAUUUUUUCUCUGAGUUUUGUUACUCCAAUGUUCUUCGGUGUGGAAGGGAAUCUGCAUUGGCAGGCCGGAGCUUUGGCAAUUUUAUUUGCUUGGAUCAACUUUCUGCUUUACUUCCAAAGGUUUGAGCGCUUUGGCAUUUAUGUUGUGAUGUUUGGAGAAAUCAUAAAGACACUCUGUAGUGUCCUUGUCCUUUUCAUAUUUCUGUUGCUGGCUUUUGGAUUGUCCUUCCAUGCACUGAUGCUUCAUCGGGACGAAUUCAACACAGUUGGUCUAUCAAUGGCACAGACAUUUGUGAUGACAGUUGGAGAGCUGAAUUAUGAGACCUCAUUUCUGGAAGCACAUGAUCAGGGGCUUCUGGCUUUUCCGAUAAUCACCUACUAUGUUUUCGUGUUGUUCAUCCUCCUUAUGCCAAUCCUUCUCAUGAACUUGAUGAUUGGUUUGGCAGUUGGGGACAUCGCUGAGGUUCAAAGGAACGCAGCAUUGAAAAGGAUCGCAAUGCAGAUAAAUCUUCAUACUACUCUGGAAGAGAAACUGCCAUAUUGGUUUAUGAAGAGAGUGGACAAACCUAGUGUCACGUUCUACCCAAACAGAAAGUGUGCAAAGUUUCGGGGCAUGAUGGAGCAAAUCUUUGGGACCGUUAGCCCAGAAGGUGAAGUGCACACUCGUUUAAACACUCAGGUGACAAAGUCAUGCCCGUUGGAGACGGAAAUAAUGAAGCAGAAAUACAGGCUGAAGCAGAUUUCUUCAACGUUGGAGAAACAAGGCAUGUUAUUGAAACUCAUUAUACAAAAAAUGGAAAUUACGACAGAGGCAGAUGAGAACGACGGACCCGACGAUUUCCGGUCCAUCACCGCUACAAAAUUACACAAAUCCCGCUGGGUUCCUCUGAUGCAAGCUCUUAGGGUCAGGAAGUCACAAUCAAAAUGA